AUGUCUGCCUCAUUGGAACCAAAGAUCUCUAGAACAUCAUCAGUCGAUGAAAAAUAAGAUAAUGUACUUUUUAAAAGCAAAAUAUAAAAACUGAUUCAGAGCAAGGAUAAUAAUAAUCUAUAUCGGUUAUUGAAAAAAAACAAGAAGAGCAGGUUUUUAUUUACCCUAUAGUUAAAGAACAUCAUACAAAUAAUUAAAGUAUGAAGGGAUUAUCUACAAAAUUGGUUAAAAUCUCUGCAUAAAAGCUGAUAGAAGAAUAGAUUACGUUGCUAAACUAAUUAAAAUAAUCAAGCUUGUUGAUAAUGAUGAUGAAAUUUACCCUUUAAUUAAAGUUCAAUGGUAUUAUAGAAAAUUUGAAUUGGAAAAAAUACCAAAGCCUUAUAUGGAUUAUAUUUCAGAGAAUGAAGUAUUCAAAACUAAUGAAUAUGAUUAUAUUGAGAUUGAAAGUAUAGUGAGUUUAGCUUCUAUACUAACUUAUGAGGAAUUUGAUUAAUUAGAAACAAUGAAUGAUACUACUUAUUUUAUGAGAGCUGCAUAUAUAAAUGGAACAUUUUAACCUCCAAUAGAAGAAUGGACAACAACAUGCAUAUGUUAAAAACCUCCAAAUCCAGAUUUGAAGUAAUUUAAAUAAUUAAAGAUUUUAAGGUAUAUAUAAUGUGAGGCAUGUCAAGGAUGGUGCCAUUUGAAUUGUUUAAAAUUGACUAAAGAAAAAGCAAAAAAAAUACUAAAAUUUAUUUGUCCAAAAUGUUAAUAAUGA